UUUAUGCGAGUGACGAGGACGAAGCAACUCGCUCGUGCACGACGACAAAACGCGUCGACUGGCUGGCGCAAACAGCCAGCACCGACUCGACUUCACCAGGCUGGCCUGACGUAGCCACAGCGCUGAAAGGCCAGACAUGGCUCUCCCUCGCUCGGGCUCACAGGCCAGCUUGUCAGAUUGGCAACGGACAGCUCAGUCGCGCAAUAAUUCGACGACUUCCUUGCCGCUCGCUUCCACUUCGACAGCCCAUCUAGCCCCUUCACUGAGUCCGGCUAUGCCAUCGUUGUAUCAUAGCGCAUCUACAGGCCAUAUCAGUCGAUCUGCAGAGCCAAAGUCGACUUUCUUUGGCCAGACGAACGGAUCUGCUGCCUCGAGCAGACAACCUUCUCCUUCUUCCCCGCGAAAGGGCAAAGACAGAGAACGUACCUACGGCGACAGAUUUAUUCCUACACGAGACGGCGUUGAUCUCGCGACGAGUUAUCAGCUGCUCGAUCCAGAUGAGAUUCGCUCUGGUCCCACCACGCCAACACGCAGAGGAAAGCGUACGAUUGACCGAGCCGGCGCAGAGUCAGAUGUACAGAAAGACGAGGCCGACCGGACAUUCGAUGCAUUGCUCAAGUCUGAGCUCUUCGAUGCUUCCCCUCAUCGAAGGGUGACUUCCUCGACGAGUCAGACUUCCCUCAAUUUCAUCUCUCAGCCCGGCUCGCCCACCGCGUCGCGCUAUUCUCUCGCCUCGCACUCGUCAGCUCACUCGCUGGCCUCCCUGACGAAUUCGCCUUUGGCGCCCUCUGGCACGACGAACGUAUCACCUAGCCGCAAUCUGUUCAGCUUCACUAGUCCUAGCAAGAAGAGAUCUGCCAGCCAGUACGCUGGCCUGCAAGGGCUCGACAGCCCGACCCACGAUCGCUAUUCCACAUCGCCCAUCAAAUACGAGUCACAGAAGCUUCUGCUCAGUCCGAAAAAAGUAGCCAGAAGCCUCAGCAAGGUCCCCUUCAAAGUCUUGGAUGCGCCCGAAUUAGCAGACGACUUUUACCUGAACCUGGUCGACUGGUCGAGCACCAACAUCCUCGGCGUCGGACUCGGAUCUUGCGUCUACCUCUGGCAAGCGCAUACGAGCAAGGUUGAGCGAUUGUGCGAUCUGAGCGAGCAAGGCGAUCAUGUCACGUCUAUCAACUGGAUUGGCAAGGGUAGCCAGAUCGCGAUAGGAACUUAUCUAGGCACAGUGCAGAUCUGGGAUGCAGAGACGGGCAAGCAACCUAUCCGUACAAUGUCUGGUCACACGGGUCGAGUGGGCGCGCUCGCGUGGAAUAACCAUAUACUCUCGUCCGGUUCUAGAGAUCGCAACAUCCUACAUAGAGAUGUUCGGUCACCUGCGCACUGGAACUCCAUCCUUUCAGACCACAAGCAAGAGGUUUGUGGUUUAAAAUGGAACACGGCAGAGAAUCAGCUCGCAAGUGGCGGCAAUGAUAACAAGCUCUUCGUCUGGGACGCUCUCAACACGACUCCGCUGCAUCGCUUUGCCGAACACACUGCUGCGGUGAAGGCGAUCGCCUGGAAUCCUCAUCAACAUGGCAUCUUGGCAUCCGGCGGAGGGACAGCAGACAAGAAAAUCAGGUUCUGGAACACUCUGACCGGAUCGCUCGUGAACGAAGUCGACACGGGCUCCCAAGUGUGCAAUUUGAUGUUCUCGCGCAACAAUCAAGAGCUGGUUUCGACCCACGGUUUCUCGUCUGGUAAAGUGCAGAACCAAGUCUGCGUCUGGAAGUAUCCUUCGAUGACUCAAGUCGCGACUCUGACCGGUCACAGCUUGCGGGUGCUGUACCUUGCCAUGUCGCCCGACGGUCAGACCAUCGUCACCGGCGCAGGCGAUGAGACCCUCCGGUUCUGGAACGCCCGGUCGCACAGGUUCCCAAAGAGCAAGACGGAGAAGAAGAAUGACGCUUCGUUGCUGAAUCCGUUCAGCAAGGUACGCUAGACAACAACAGAUCAAUGC